AUGACGGAACGGCUGAGCGUCAGCCCGCGUAAUAGCGAGGUGAACGCUCUCGAACAGCGCGGCUACAUGAUCGGCAAGAAGAUCGGACAGGGUUCGUACGCUUCCGUCCACCUGGCGGACUACGUCGACUCGACGUCGGGCCCGAAGAAGAUGCGCCUCGCCUGCAAGAUUUUCGACAAGGAGAAGGCACCGAGAGAUUUUUUAGACAAGUUUUUCCCGAGGGAGUUGGAAAUUUUGACGAAGAUCGAGAAUCCGCACAUUAUACAGGUUCACAGCAUUCUCCAGCGUGGCCCUCGCGUCUUCAUCUUCAUGCGUUACGCGGACAACGGUGACCUAUUAGAUUUCAUCAAAAGGAACGGCGUCGUUCCCGAGCCGCAGGCCAAAUUAUGGUUUCGACAAAUGGCCAGCGGACUGCAUUAUCUACACAGCAAAAAUAUUGCACAUCGCGAUCUCAAAUGCGAGAAUAUACUGCUGUCGAGACGUUUCAAUGUUAAAUUGGCGGACUUUGGAUUCGCCAGGUUCUGCAUCGACCACGAAGGUCGCCGUGCCUUGAGUCAGACUUAUUGCGGGUCGGCGGCGUACGCGGCUCCUGAGGUCGUAAGCGGUACCCCUUACAAUCCGAAGCUGGCUGACGUGUGGUCUUUGGGAAUCAUAUUAUUCAUUAUGCUGAAUUCGUCUAUGCCUUUUGACGAUUCGAAUUUAAGGAAGCUGUUGAAGGACCAGAUGUCCAGGAAUUUUGUAUUCAGGUCCAGGGUUAGGGAUAGCGUGUCGGCGCUUGCUAAAUCAUUGGUACGUCACGUCCUAGAACCGGACAUAACACUUCGCCUGACCCUCGACCGAGUGAUGUCCCACGAGUGGGUCAGAGUGCGCAAGGACAAGGGCACUUCAGUUUUGGGAAGGAUGACGACCUCCGGACAGCCCGUGGUGGGCGCUGCAGGAUCCGGCACACCGGCAUACGCGGCAUUACUUUCUGGGUAA